AUGGAUUCUGAAGAUAAUGACUGGCACUGUGGAAUGUGUGGUAAUAGUUAUUCACUAGAUGUCAAAAGAAAAAAUGGUGCCAAAUGGGUCCAGUGUUCCUACUGCAUGAUUCCGUACCAUGUUAUGUGCCAAUCGUCUGAUGUCGAAGACGACGUUUUUAUAUGCGACAUGUGUGGAAACAAUGACGACACUAUUAAUGAAGAAGCUUAA